UCGCAGCCAUGGCACACCGCCUUUCCGCCGCCGAAGCCAGAGUUCUCCGGCGAAAAACUGCCUGUCAUGCCCAAGCAGCGCGCACUAAUGAUCAAUGCCAUGAAGAUCGCAAGCAUGCUGAUCGUAGAUGUCCGGCGUACGGACUAUGAAGGCGGCGCCAUCAGAGGCUCUUUAAACAUCCCAGCCCAAGGCUUCUGGUGGAAUAGAGGCAUGCUGUACGAGCUGGCAUAUAAGGCGGGCAUGGAAUGGGUGGUCUUCACAUGUGGCUCUUCCAAUGGCAGAGGCCCAAGAUGUGCCUCAUGGUUCCUGCAACACGUGCGCGAAACUGCUGGAGAUAAUGAUAUGAAUGUCAUGGUACUUGAAGGCGGUGUGAAAGGCUGGGUAAAGGGUGGUCCACAGUUCAUUCAAUACAUGGAUGGCUUUGAUGAGAACCACUGG